AUGUUUCUGUUUUUUGUUUUUUUUCAAUGUCAAAUUUUCAACGUUCAAUUUCAGUUGUGCUCGUCGUCUCUUGGCUGGGAAUCAGUGUUCUACCUCCACUCCGUGAUCUGUUUCAUUGCUUUCGUUGGAUGGUUCUUCUUAUACACCAACAGCCCCGAGCAUCAUCCGUUGGUCUCGAAACAUGAGCUUGCCGAUAUCAACGAUGGAAAGUCGGCUUUGUCACUACGAAAACACGCCAUGCCUUCUGCUAGCAAUAAAGAAUCGAAGCAGAUAUUUCAAGUCAAUGACUAA